UUAAAAAAAAAAUCAAGAAAAUGUCAGUGGCAUCAUCAUAUACAUUCCCUUGCAUUAAAUUCCAAAAUUACCCUUCUUAUUCAAUAAAGUCUGCAAUUCUUACUAUAAGAAAUUCUCAAGCUGAAGGUCCAAUUAGAAGACCAGUUGCUCCAUCACCACCUAAGCCUACUACUAUUCCACCACCAAUUAUUACUACUAGUGCCCCUCCUAAGCCUGUGACUGUCACAACUUCUGAGGGUAAAAAUGUAAUUACACUUGAAUUUCAGAGGCAAAAGGCUAAGGAACUUCAAGGAUACUUUAAACAGAAGAAACUUGAAGAAGCUAAUCAAGGCCCAUUCUUUGGUUUUAUUGCCAAGAAUGAAAUCUCUAAUGGAAGAUGGGCGAUGUUUGGUUUUGCUGUUGGGAUGUUGACAGAGUAUGCAACGGGUUCUGAUUUUGUCGAUCAAGUUAAGAUCCUUCUCUCCAAUUUUGGUGUUGUAGACCUUGAAUGAGACUUUUGCUGUAUAAUAUUUGUUUGAGCCACAAUUGUUGUAUCUUACAACUCCUUUUUACUUUUCAAGAAAUAUAUAUAUAUAUAUAUCAAGUCUGAUAAAGAUUCUCAUACUUGGGCUACAAAUUUUUUAUUUGGUUUCCCACUCGGUGUUCUGAGCCCACAUUAAAGCUCCGACUAAAUUCAAAUCGCGCACUACAUGGCCCAUUCAGGGGUAGCGCUCCCAACAUAAUUUUCUCCAUACCCAGGCUCAAACUUGAGACCUGGGUGAAGCACUUCCAACAGUUCACCAAGAUAUGUGACUGGACAUGCUUCUACCUCCAUCUCUUAUUCCAAGUUCUUUUUACUUUAAGCAUUUAUAAUUUUCGAUAUAAGGACCUUCUCUUUUUUUUUUUUUGAUAUAAAGACAUUUGUUUACCAUAU